GUGCGUUUUCCCAAAAGCCGAUCAACAACUACUUCUUCUAAGUCGCUCUUUUCUUCACCUUUUUAUUUGCAGUUCUACCUUGUAGGUGGACCGAAAUUGUCUUGCACCAGACUCGAGGACUCGAUAUUUGAAAGCAAAUUAAUCUGGUCGAAGAUCCAGGAAAAGACAACGUAAUCGUAUUAACACCCACAGUGUCCCCAACAACAUACGAUAUCAUCACAGCACGAGCUACAGCAUGGAUACCCACAACGUCAAAGAGAAGCGUCGAGUGUCAAUGUGUGUUGGAUGUGGCUCCCAGAUUCACGAUCAGUAUAUUCUGCGUGUUGCUCCAGAUUUGGAGUGGCAUGCUAGCUGUCUCAAGUGUGCUGACUGCCAUACGUAUCUAGAUGAAACGUGCACUUGCUUCGUGCGAGAAGGCAAAACCUAUUGCAAACGAGAUUAUGUUCGGUUGUUUGGAACCAAGUGUGCGAAGUGCUUGCAGAACUUCAGCAAAAACGAUUUUGUGAUGCGAGCGAGGAAUAAAAUUUACCACAUCGAUUGUUUUCGAUGUGUGGCAUGUAGUCGACAACUCGUACCCGGAGAUGAAUUCGCUCUACGGGAAGACGGUCUCUUCUGCAAGGAGGACCAUGAAAUUGUGGAAAAGGCUACAGCAACGGCUCAAGCAACUCACGCUCGGACUAGCAAUAACCAACGCAACUCGCAGUCGGGGGGUCAAACAAACCCAUCUCAGAGCGAAGGAACUACAAAACGAAAACCAGAUCGCCCAACUCGGGUACGAACAGUGCUAAAUGAAAAACAAUUACACACAUUACGAACUUGCUACAACGCUAAUCCAAGGCCUGAUGCAAUGAUGAAGGAACAACUAGUGGAAAUGACGGGACUCAGUCCUCGUGUAAUUCGAGUUUGGUUUCAAAACAAACGAUGCAAAGACAAAAAGAAAGCUACUUUUAUCCUAAAAUCGCAAAAUGCAAAUCAACAAAGCGUUGGAUCUGAAGACAUUCAGACUCCCAACAGUAUGUCUCCACAGCAAUCCAUGACAUCGCUUUCGGGCGUCCCAUACGGACCUAAUUCUGGAUCAAUUCGACCCGAUGUAAAUAUGAGUGAUAUAUCAAGUUACCAGCCAUGGAAGGCUUUGAGUGACUUUGCGAUGCACAACGAUAUGGAUCAGGGUGCAUUUCAACAAUUGGUUCAUUUUUCGGAGCAAGCCCAAGGAGGGAUGCCUCAUCAACCAGAUGGAAUCACUUCUUCAGUAGGAAAUUAAUACCUCAUUCUAUAAAAUUCACAUCAUCAUUCAAGUCUAUUUUAAAUAUUUUACACACGAAAACAUCUUUCUUUCGAUCUCUUUCUUUCCGUGCCAAGGUGRUUUGAGAGAAAACUGCGAAAGACAAUACAAGGCUACGAAAAAUCACAUCCAAAGACUAUGAAUUCGUUGAAGAUGCCUUGUACUAAGGUCAUCUUUAACACUAGCACUGAACAGCAAAAAUAUUGAUUACUAUAUAUAUAAUAUUUUAUCGUUUGAAGAUUGAAAGCCAAGGCAAACUAAACAAAAAUUCCAUAUCUAGUUGUAUAUAUAUAUCUUUGAAAUAUCUCUAUUGGCAGGCACCUUGCUUGCUUGCUUAUUGUCAGUAUCCAUCCCCAAUGUGCCUGAACUUUCUAUUAAAGCUCUCACAACAUGGACUA